UUUCAAUCAAGUCGAUUGCGUUGUGAAAACGGAGUCGCCAAGGUAAUUUCUGAAAAUUCAAGCUUCACCGACGAAAGAUAAUUUCUGGAAAUUCAAUAAAAAAUUGCAAUGAAAAUAGAAGAAGUUAAAAGUACGGUUAAAACGCAACGUAUUGCUGCUCAUAGUCAUGUAAAAGGACUUGGCUUAGACGAAAAUGGAAUUCCAUUUCAAAUGGCAGCCGGCUUGGUCGGUCAGAAAAAUGCUCGCGAGGCAGCUGGCGUAGUAGUGGAUUUGAUAAAAUCGAAGAAAAUGUCUGGCCGAGCACUUUUAUUGGCUGGACCACCCGGUACUGGGAAAACAGCUAUUGCGUUGGCUAUUGCCCAGGAGUUGGGUAAUAAGGUACCUUUUUGUCCUAUGGUUGGGUCAGAGGUUUUCAGCAGUGAAAUUAAAAAAACUGAAGUGCUCAUGGAAAAUUUUCGUCGGUCUAUUGGUUUGCGUAUCCGUGAAACGAAGGAAGUUUACGAGGGCGAAGUGACCGAGUUAACACCAGUUGAAACGGAAAAUCCAAUGGGAGGAUAUGGAAAAACAAUCAGCAAUGUUGUUAUUGGUUUAAAAACUGCUAAAGGGACGAAACAGCUGAAGCUAGAUCCAAGCAUUUAUGAAUCUUUGCAAAAGGAAAGGGUUGAUGUUGGGGAUGUUAUUUACAUAGAGGCAAAUAGCGGAGCAGUAAAAAGGCAAGGUCGAAGUGAUACUUUUGCUACAGAGUUUGAUUUGGAAACGGAAGAAUAUGUUCCACUUCCUAAAGGAGAUGUACACAAAAAGAAAGAAGUGAUCCAAGAUGUUACUCUUCAUGAUUUAGAUGUAGCCAAUGCACGUCCUCAAGGAGGUCAAGACGUUUUGUCAAUGGUUGGUCAAAUUAUGAAACCUAAAAAGACUGAAAUCACUGAUAAACUACGUAUGGAAAUCAACAAAGUUGUUAACAAAUACAUAGACCAGGGGAUCGCAGAACUUGUACCUGGAGUUUUGUUCAUAGACGAAGUGCAUAUGCUUGAUCUUGAGUGUUUCACUUAUUUGCACAAAUCCUUAGAAUCAGCGAUUGCACCAAUAGUAAUAUUUGCUACUAAUCGUGGUCGAUGUAUAAUUCGUGGUACCGAUGAUGUAAUAUCCCCUCAUGGAAUACCUUUGGAUUUACUGGAUCGCUUGCUUAUUGUGCGCACUGCUCCAUACAAUCUUUCUGAAAUUGAUCAAAUAAUCAGAUUGCGUGCUCAAACAGAAGGUCUCAAUAUCGAGGACACUGCGAUUCACACUCUCAGUGAAAUUGGUGCGAAUACUACGUUGCGAUAUGCUGCUCAGCUAAUGACACCAGCUCAUCAGACUUGUAAAGUAAACGGAAGGACACAGAUUACGAAGGAUGAUAUUAUUGAUGUUCACUCUCUCUUUUUGGAUGCAAAACGGUCAGCUAAAUAUUUACAGGAAGGGAAUACAAAAUAUAUGAUGUGAACCAAUUGUAUAACAUUGAAAAUCAAUAAAUUCUUUCGAAAUUUA